GGAUGCAGCUUUGUAUUGUGCCGUCUUAUUGGUUGAUGGUUGGCGCAUCCAUCGUUGCCCUGGCAACAUGCGUGCAGCUUCAAAUCAACAAUGAACCCUAGCAACUUUAACCUGGAACUUAGAAGCUGCAUUCACUCAAAGACUAUCUCUCCAACAAAAACUUCCACGUACAUUCCCUACCUCUACCUUAUCCUCCACCUUAUCUUGCAUACCGAGAUCAUCCAUCCAGGAAAACGCUAUCCACUUCAAAUCUUCAUAGAAGAUAGAAAGAAACAACUUCAACAGAAGUAUUGCUGAUUUCUGAGAAGACUGCAAGCUAAACAGACUCUAGUUAACCUAUCUUGCUUAUACUGCUACUUCCAACUGCCUGAGUAAGGCAGCACUUACAAACAUCUAGUUUCGUUUGCCAAGUUCGUCUGCUGCUGCUGAGGACGGCCUAAGAGCUUAAUUGCCCGGCCAGACUGGCGUGCGCUGCGUGAGGUGAGCUUCCCGUAAAUCCCGAGUCCGAGUUUGGUCAAAAAUCGAGAACCCGAGAACUAAUGGAUAGAUGCAGUUUCGGAACCUAACUGAUAGCCAAUCCGGCAAACCAGUAUCUAUCGACAAUGGCCCCUUUUCCGAACUCGACUCCAUCCACGAUGCUGUCCAAUCCGCCCCAAGGCGGUCUUCAGGCCCGGAAUCGACAACACAGACGACAAAACUCGACACCAACAGGCUUCGAAGCGACGAAGAUCGCGACAAACCUGCCUAAUAUGCAUCAACAACACCAGCAACAACAACGAUCACGAAUGUCCCAUCGCCGGGGCAUGAGUCUGGAUACUCGACGACAACAAUUUCAACAACGACAACAGCAACGACAACAACAGAUGCAAUCUCCGACAAUACCACCAAGGCAGGAAUUCACAACGGUAAGUAACGCUACUAACAAUACAGGAUCAAUCACACAACAGCAUGUGCUGCGAGAAGCGCAGCCGCAACGCAUAGCUCGCCCGGGCCCCCAGCAGACGUACGCGAACUUGGCAAGCGACGAAGGCUACCUGAUGUCCCCCCAUGGGACACCACAAACACAAAGUUUCGACGGGCAAGGUUUUGAUAACCUUCCAAGCCAACAGGAUCUACAACUGAACUUUGACAUGUAUAACGCAUCGAUGAAUGCUAUGAUGAAGAAAAACCAGGAGAAUUUCUCCAACAUGACAGCGUCUCAGGACUUAGAGCAAUUCCCAUCCAGUGCUCUAUCCACACCCACAUUCAUGAGCUUCCAGGACAGCCCAACAGGUGGUCCUGGCUGGAUAUCCGAGGGGGAGACUUCUAGCACGAGAAGAAGUUCCUGUCGGAUCAGCAACGGUAUCAUGGAUAGAGUUGCUAAGUUUGAGACUAUGGGACUCGAUGUCCGAAGGCCCUUGACGCCUCCUAGACAGAAUGCUACAGACUACUUCCCACUCACACCUAUGGACACUCCGCACGAUAGGACUAUAAAGCAUAGCCAACCACCGCAAAGAUUCUCAGAAGGUUACGACGAGUCGAUGGAAGAAACUGUCAAGCCGACGAGGCAAUCUUCCAGUCGACGACAGCAAACAACCUUCGACGAAAUGCGACAAGCAGCUGAAGCCCAGGCCCCAAUGCCCAUGUCGAACCGAGCCAACGCGAUGCCUCUCCUAGAAACAUUCAACCAACCGCAAGACCCAAUGGCAGACUUCUUAGACAUGGGCAAUAUCAACAACACUGGUCUUCGAGUUGAUACCACAUUUGACGGGCUUCCGGCAUCCACGCACCCUCUCAGUGCAAGCUCAGAUCUCUCCGAGCACACGACCCCAAUUACACCACACAUGGGCGAAUUCGAUGGUUCCUUCGACUACAAACCCGAUCUGCAGUCUCUUCACUCGGAACCCGAUAUAGUCCCAAGCGUUGGAUCACCUGCGACCGACAUGUCUUCCCGCCGAGGAACUCCCCAUCAUCACCAUCGUCGAAACGAGUCUAUCGCUAGUAUCGCUAGUGCCGCAAGCAUCGCCACUAUUGAUAUCGAGAAGACGAAGACGCAGACGGGGAUCACCUUAGAAGAUAUUCACCAAUACAUUUCAGGGCCCGAUCCCAGAGACAAUAAGUGGACUUGUACUUUCGAAGACUGCAAUAAGAAGUUUGGUCGUAAGGAGAACAUCAAAUCUCACGUACAGACCCAUCUCAACGAUCGCCAGUACAAGUGCCCGACUUGUAACAAGUGCUUCGUCCGACAACACGACCUCAAGCGACACGCGAAGAUACACACCGGCAUCAAGCCAUACCCAUGUGAAUGCGGUAACAGCUUCGCUCGUCACGAUGCGCUCACCCGACACAAGCAACGUGGAAUGUGUAUCGGCGCGUUUGAUGGUGUGGUGAGGAAGGUGGUGAAGCGUGGGCGUCCCCGGAAGCACAGACCAGAUAUGGACGAGCGCAAGGACAAGUCCUCUCGCACCCGCAAGAAGAAUCAGUCUAUUUCAUCCAUUUCAUCGCAAUCUGGUUAUUCAGAUAGCUCAGAAGCCAACUCACCCGAGAAUAUCGAUCAAGACUUUGGUAUGUUGGAUGAUAUUAUGGACGUAUCGAUGGGCGGAACAACCAUGAACCCUAGCUCUCUCCAGGGUCUGUGUUCUUCCUCUGCACCGAUGCCGAGCCUUACCUCCGAGACACCAAUGAGUAAGGAUUCGCCAUCGGCGACAAGUGUACACUCGUACGUCUCUCAAUUAUCGCAACUAUCGCACAUGUCGCUUCACCAGGACUUGGCACAAGAUGCGGCGUCAUCGCAGCCAGGAUCUCCGGCGAAGAGUGUGGCUAGCCAAUUUAAUGAACUUCCGGAGCUUUCUCGGUCUUCGUCGCCACCAUCCGGAAACCGAUACUUUGACGCCGAGCCGAACUCAAGUGGUACAGAUCUUACAAUCAGUACUGCUGUGGAUACAGCUAGCAUCCCUGGUUUUGUCGGAAUGGGCGAAGCUGAUGACGUGUUAUUGCAAUUUACCAAUAAUGGCCCUAGCAUGUUGAUGCUCAGCACUGACAGCAAAUUCGACGAGGCGUUUGACAUGUUCAACGGUAAUGAUGACCUAUUCUUCGGAAGCAGUUGAGACAGCUCCUGGGGAGUUGAGCUACCAAUUCAUUGUUUAUCUGGUUAAUGGAAAUCGUUGAUAUUUCGGUAUUUACGCAUAGAAGAGAGCAGGACAACGCGCUAGAUCAGGAAUCUAAUAGGCAGCUAUGCCUAGUUGUAAUACUUGACCUUGAUUGAAGCUCAUCUCAUUAUAGAGAGAAGCUUCUUGCUCUGCAAAGGUCAGGUUUCAGAAUUCAUGUACGAUAAUGUGGGAAUAUUUACAACGAUGGGUUCGUGGUUCGGGGAAGGUUGAAAAGGGUUAAUUUUUUUCUCUAUAUGGUUGGGUCGGACGGGUCGUUUGCGGCGUUGAAGAGCGUCGAUACAUACAAGUGAAGCGACCGUCUUUCCGGUCUUUAAUUGGGCGGUGGUAUAACAUCAGAUCUUGAGAUCUUCCAUAGGGUCAAAUAUUACUGGGAUUGUAGUCGAA